AUGUCGGCCCACCUGCAGUGGAUGGUCCUGAGGAACUGCUCCAGCUUCCUCGUGAAACGCAACAAGCAGAAGUACAGCACCGAGCCCAGCAAUAUUAAGGCCGGAAACUCGUUCUGCUACAACGGGCUGAUCCACCAGAAGACGGUGGCAGCCACCCGCAAGGGUAUCGUGGUGAUGCUGACUCGGAGGGCAGGUCAGAAGAAGCCUGCGUGCAUGCCCAGGGCCACACUCAACAGCUUCUGGCACAUGAUCCGCAAGAAUAAAUACGGGCAAGAUCUCUGCACGGCUGCUCUACGCCGGCGCAGCGCCAUCCUUGGAAGCCGGAAGCCAGUGGUGGUGAAGUAG